GUGGGGUUGAAUUUGAACAAAAUCUGCCAAACAUAAACAACGUACCCCUUGAACAGAUGUCCAAGGAGAUUGCCUACUUAACCUUCCGUGAUCGUUGAAUUAUCUACUCAGGGCUAUUCCAAACCUGUCAUGCCAUUCCACCUUAUACACCGGCAGUUCCACUCAUUCACUUCCUUCUCUUGCAUCCUCUUCCAACGCAGCCACCCUAGCCGACAAGCGUGUUCCAUCGACAACCUCUGUAUAACUGCAAGAUGAGGUUCCCGGUGGUUGCGUUCCUAGUUACCCUCACGGUGGCGGCACCCGUCAAUAUCAUCGGUGCUCGUAACCAGCUUGCUCUCCGGCAAGCCUCCGAGCACUGUACUAUCGGCUACUGUACUCAGAACGGUGGCACCACCGGAGGUGCUGGCGGCGCAAGUGUCACCGUCAGUACUGUCGACCAACUUGUUGCUGCCGCUCAGAAAGAGGGCCCUCUUACCAUUGUCGUAUCUGGCGCCCUCUCUGGAAACGUCAAGGUCCGCGUUUCUUCCCAUAAGACGAUCAUUGGGGAGAAGGGUAGCUCUCUCACCAACAUUGGCCUCUUUGUGCGCGAGGCUAAGAAUGUUAUCCUGCGCAACCUGAAAAUCAGCGGCGUCAAGGCUGCCAACGGGGACGCAAUCGGUAUAGACCGAUCUACCAACGUCUGGGUCGAUCACUGUGAUCUUUCGGGCGACCUGAGCGGAGGCAAGGAUGACCUUGACGGUCUCCUCGACUUCUCGCACGCUUCGGACUGGGUGACGGUUUCCAACGUUUACCUGCAUGACCACUGGAAAGGAUCUCUUGCCGGCUCAGCCGACACCAACACCGAGGACAAGGGCAAGCUACACAUCACCUACGCCAACAACUACUGGUACAACAUCAACUCCCGUACCCCGUUUGUCCGCUUUGGCACCGUCCAUAUCAUCAACUCGUACUACUACAAGCUUCUUUUAAGCGGCGUGAACCCCCGAAUGGGUGCCCAGGCUCUCGUACAGAGUACUGCCUUCGCCAACAGCCCUGCCCGGGCCAUCUUUUCCGAAGGAUCGACGGAGCCAGGCUUUGCCGUGGUAGAGGAUGUUGAUCUCGGCGGCUCGCAGAACACUGCUCUGAAGGGAAACCUCACGUCUGACUCCCUACCUUACAAGAUCGCUCCCAUCGGCUCCAGCAAGGUCGCCAGCACAAUUCCUUUUACUGCUGGUCAAAAGUUGUUCUAAUAGCAGCUCAUCAGGUGGUUUUAGGGAUUAUGUUAUUCUGGCAGGUAUAUGCCUAGGCAAGAAAGUCAGGCUAUUCCACCAUAAAAAGACAAGGCAUACAACCUGUCGUAAGCGCCGUUGCCUGCCCUUGAUAGUAUCAUAGAUAAUCAACGUAUUUUAAUGCCUUUGAGCAGGAUAAAAUAGCACGUUGAUAUGUUACUGAUAGUAUGUAACAAAAUAGAUUUAACAAACG